AUGGCGAGGCCAGCAAUGGCGCUCCGGAAGGUGCAUCACCUCCCAAAAGCGUUUCCCACGACCUCCUCAGCGCUCCUGCGCAUCUCACAUCUCGCUUUACCCGCACCAUUCCUGACCCCCGAUGUCCAACCCUCGCACGCUACGACCCGGUCAUUUCACAGCACCCAAGAAAGACAAGCAGCGCCGGCUCCUGCAACUCGGCGAAGGAAAUUAGAUCGGGAAGUGCGCAGUGCUCACGCCCAGUCGUGGGUCAACGCCGGGCGGCCGUCGUACUCGGUCGACUCAGAUGGUCUCUCCCUUUACGUGGGCAAGGAAGGGCAAUACGAAUCAGUGCUCCGGGAUGUGCAGCUCGAAGCGCCGGCAUUGUACGAGGCUGGAAUUCGGGAUGGCGUGAUUCCGCGCAGUAUAAGCUAUGGCAAGUUCCAAGAGAUCGGGCGGCGUUUGGUUCGCGCCUCUUUCGAGGGGAGGCCUAACGCGAAUGCGAUCAAGGCUAUUUCAUCAGAUGUCGACGCAAUUUGGCGAAUCGGAUUCAUGACCACACAUAGGGAUUCAGGGCUGAAGAUAUGGAUUCUGCACUCGUGCGCCAGGGCCAAAGCCCGGAUUCCGGUCGUGCUUGUCGCACGGCAGCAGCUGCGAGAUGAUGGUGUCCCGGGGGAUACGAUUUGGAACAAAGAAGUUGCAAAGCUCUCGAACCAGGGAUUUCCGCCUGCCAUGCUGCUCCACGCGAAGAUUCUGAGUCUGCGGGGCAAAUACACCCAAGCUUUGGAAUUAUUGGAGGACAAGAUCAUGCCUUGCCUGGUCGCGACCCGGGAUCGGCCAGGUCCGGUGGAAGACAUUACGUUGGGCGGCCAGAUCGAGUCGCCUCUUCGGCUGGGCGCGGUGAUCUUUGCUUCCGUUGCAGCGCGGCUGGAAGGCCAGGGGAGGAAGGAGGCGAAGGAUUACUAUGAGAAAUCGGACGAUUGGACCCUCAAGGCGGCGCUGGAGUUUAACGAUAUCGAUGCGCUGGUCGAUUAUGCGUCGUUGAUGAUGAACAACAAGGAUUACGAUGCGUACGAAGAGGCCAUGGCGAAGGCUGCUACGGGCGGUUCUGCAAAGGCGUGUUUCUUCUUAGCCAACUUUUACUUCCGCACGAGUCUGGGUGAAUUCCCCACCCGGGACCAAAGGGCUCUGCCUGCGUAUGACCCCGACGAUCGGUCUACGUGGGAUUUGGAGCCAGGGUCGACUAUUCUCAGCCGUUUCUGGAAGUGGUGGGCUGCGCCGAUCGAAAGUUCGAUCUUCGAGUACAAGAAUCUCGCCUUUGAGUGGUACUUAACCAGUGUUGAUCACGGUGAUAUUAGGGCCGGUAUGAUGGCUGGCCUGCUAUACCGCGACGACAAGCAGUAUCAAGCCGGCUUGGCUUGGAUGGAUAACGUGCUGAAAGGUGGAUUGGAUGCUGAUCCGCUCUACGGGCCCAAGGCCCUGGAGAUGGUGAAGCAUUGGAAUGACAUCAAUUAUGAAAUUGCCAUUCCGAAGAAGAUGUUGCCGGUGCGCUAG